AUGGUCCGGGCACCGCGCGCCCAGCCCGCCGGGGCCAGCAGGUUGGCGGUGAGGGACCUGGCCGGCGCAGCCUUGCUCCACCGCCUUCUCUCCUCGCCCCACUGCUCUCCUGUGCUGCUCUUACUUCUCCGCUGUCGCCUAGAUUUACCCUCCCUCUUUCUUUUUCUUUCUUUCCGCUUUCUCUUUUUCCAACUGCGUCCCGGGCUGCUCCCUGGGAGGGGCGCAGGCGGCUGAGCAGCUUGCAAACUCCGGCCAGGACCGGCGCAGGUGCCGCUUCCGUCUGCUAGUCCCUGGAAAGCUGUGAUUGGCGCGAGAUGAGAUGCAGGGAUUGUACCCUUACUGCUGCUGGUUCUGCACUGGAAACACGGGGCAGGGAGCCCCCUUCCCAUCACCCCUGUAAAUGCCACCUGUGCCAUACGCCACCCAUGCCACGGCAACCUCAUGAACCAGAUCAAGAAUCAACUGGCACAGCUCAAUGGCAGCGCCAAUGCUCUCUUCAUUUCCUAUUACACAGCUCAAGGGGAGCCGUUUCCCAACAAUGUGGAAAAGCUAUGUGCGCCUAACAUGACAGACUUCCCGUCUUUCCAUGGCAAUGGGACAGAGAAGACCAAGUUGGUGGAGCUGUAUCGGAUGGUUGCAUACCUGAGUGCCUCCCUGGCCAAUAUCACCCGGGAUCAGAAGGUCCUGAACCCCACUGCUGUGAGCCUCCAGGUCAAGCUCAAUGCUACUAUAGACGUCAUGAGGGGCCUCCUCAGCAAUGUGCUUUGCCGUCUGUGCAACAAGUACCAUGUGGGCCACGUGGAUGUGCCACCUGUCCCCGACCACUCUGACAAAGAAGCCUUCCAAAGGAAAAAGUUGGGUUGCCAGCUUCUGGGGACAUACAAGCAAGUCAUAAGUGUGGUGGUCCAGGCCUUCUAGAGAGGAGGUCUUGAGUAUACCAUGGACUGAGGGGUCUCAGGAGCAGGAUCUGGAUGUGGGGAGGGGGGCUCAAAAUGUGCUGGGUUUUGGGACAUUGUUAAAUGCAAAACGGGGCUGCUGGCAGACCCCAGGGAUUUCCAGGUACUCACUGCACUCCGGGCUGGGCCGUGAUGGAGUCUGGCAAAGUUGAAACUUCCAUAGGCAGAGCCGUCAUUCAACCCAGCACCAGCUAGAAAUGGCAACGAGGAUGUUGGGCUGAGAGAUUUCUGUCCCAUUCACUCACUCACUCACUCACUCACUCACUCACUCACUCACUCACUCACUCACUCAUUCACUCAGCCCCUUGCUUGCUGGGUGUAUGAACAAGCUAUACAAGUUGUCUACAGCAGACAGCAAAGGGCUGGGAAGUGUCCUAGACCCCUACAGAGUCACCAUCAUCUGGUCCUUUGCUGUCUCUCAGAGAAACUUUGGAAGGCUUGGUUGGGAUGUUAGAGGGCUAAGGGGACUGGGAUCCAGAAGGAAUCCUUUAUUUUAUUUUAUUUUUUAAGUUUUGUGGGUGGAAGGGUACCCUGGGAUGGAAUGUGUCUUCUCUUGAGUUGGAUUAGAGUGUUCAGGCUUAGAGACUGUCAGAUGGAAGAGUAGGUCACCAGUGUUCAGGCUCUUACAGACGCACAGCGGCCAUCUUCCAGUUGUCAAAGCCUGAUGAACUCGGUUAGCUUCUUUGCAGUCCCCCCACAGCCUGGCGUGGUUGGGGUCUACCAGAUGGACCUAGAAGUGAGGUGUGUGCAGGCAGGAAGAGGCAGGCUGCAGAGUCAGGUUCCCAGAGUCCUCCCGGGGAAGGAUCGCUAACUGUGUAGGAGUCAGGGAAGGAGCAAGGCAGCCAGCCAUUGCUGAAGCAGUAGCCGACUGCAGGUUUCAUCUGCUUCUCAACCCCUGAGAACAGGUGAUCUUGAGCAGACAGACAGGUAGCAUAAAGUAGAAUGUCGGGUCUGAGGCCCCGGAGGUUGCAAAGGUACUUGAAGGGGACCAGAGGGCUGUCUUGGGUCCCUGGAGCAUGGAGAAGCAGAACUUGAGGUCGGGGUCUCAGGGAAGAUGAGACCCAAGUGCUGUGUCUGAUCCAGCACAGCUGUCUAUUUAUUACUGUGUCCUAUUUAUAUUAACUUAUUGGUGCUUUAAAUGGCAAAGUUAAUUCUCCGAAAUGGUAUGAGGCUCCUUCCAUGGGAGCUGGGGCCAAGACUCUCCCUAGUGGGGCCUGGUCUGGAGGCACAUGAUUGUUACAGGUGCAGCUCAUGGGUCAAAUCAGAGAGCUGGCUAGCUCCUCUGUCUCCCACUGUGACUCACUUUUAGGGUGUCAGAGUCCCCCAGAAAAAGCUGGGCCAGUUUGCCUCUCUGUCUGCUUCUGUCUCUGUCCGAGUCUAUCUCUGGUCUCUGUCCGAGUCUAUCUCUGUCUCUCUCCCCCUCUCCCCCUCUCCCCCUCUCCCCCUCUGGUAUCCAAGGGGGUGGAGCAGUUUCUUGUUGUUUUGUCCCACUGAGCUCUCUGGCACCCCCUAGAUUCCUGCUAUGCGGUGCACCAUUCAUAAUGAAGUGAAUGGCUCUGGAACCUUGGGCAAAACUGAUUCCUUCUUCCUCAAAUCGCAGCUGAGGAGUGCUGAGACAUCCUGACCCGGCACCCAGCGUGCUUUCGACCAGCAUGGAAGCUCCUCGGGUGGCCCGAACACCCACAGAGGGUGAAUACAGGAGGUUGGAGCAGUGCAGGCCCUGAACUGGGCCUGAACGGCUGCCCAGUGCGCCAGAGAAGGGGAGAUCAAGGCCCGAGACGCCUGGGACGCAGACCAGGAAGCUGUGGUCCUUGCUUCAUCGCUGCCUUCCCACUCCCGCCCAUGUCUGGGCUCCCAGGCAGGGAAUCCGAUCUGAUCUCUCCUUUGUGCUGGGGCCAGGCAAGCAGAGGAACGCCCUCGAUCUGGGAGCAGGGUAAGGAGGAAGGCAGCCAAGCUGGGGCAGUGGCUGACUACAGAGCUAGCUGCCUGCCUCUCAGGCUCUGAAUAGGGCGGUCCUUAGCAGUUCAGCCGUGGGAUUCUGCUUCACGCGGUUUUGCACCUUUCUCUGUCACUCUCUAAGCACUUUACCUGGACGGCAGGUGGACAGGCCCUGGAGCUCUGGCUUAGGAAAGGCCUGGAACCAUAGAUGCAGCAAGGAGACUAUGGUGGGGGCCAGUCGUGUCAGCGACAAAGUUGCUCCACCGUGCUCCUGUUGCUGCAUCAGGCUCAUCUCAGGACUGGCUGCCCUUCUCCAAGCUGAGAGUCAAUUUGUCUAAAAGCCAAGAUGAUGCCACAGCCUGGGGCCUGCUGGGCUUUGUCAUCACUUCACAUCUGUAUGGACUUGGACUCUCUGGGCUCCGCCCACCUGGCAGCUUUGAAGGCUCAGGGACCAAUGGACUCUCUCUGUGCACCCACCACCCCCCAACGCAACCACCUGCCUGCAUCUUACUCCAUCAGUUGCCCAGCAUCCCAGAACCAUUGAGCCUCUGGGGUAAACAGACUUUAGGGGCAGGCAGUUGCUCACCUGACAUCUUUCACCUGGAAGCAUUGACUUCCACCGAGCAUAGUGGGUAGUGUGUCUGGACCAGAGAAGAAGGGAUGGGGCAUUUUGCAGUUUAUCCAGAGAGAAGCAAAGGGGCCUUUAUUUAUUAUUUAAAACGUCAAACCUGAAAGCACUGAGAGUUUACUGGUCUGCCCCCCCCCCCUCUUGUCUAUUUCUGUGUCCUUGGUCCUGACUCCAGCAACCCAGCUCUGCUUUGCCUGCUCUCUGGAGCAGACAUGGUAUGUGGACCAGGACCCCGGAGUCUUGCAUGGUAGUGGCUUCAGAAGGGAAAUGAUAUGACUGUCUGCAUUUGGAUGACUCCCCAGUCCCAGCCCAGCCUCUCCUUUGCACUGCUGCUCUCCCUCUUUCCUUUCCUUUGGAAGGGACUUGGCCUUGGGUGACAAAUUCCUCUUUGAUGAAUGUACCCUGUGGGAAUGUUUCAUACUGACAGAUUAUUUUUAUUUAUUCAAUGUCAUAUUUAAAAUAUUUAUUUUUUAUACUGAAGGAGUGCCUUUUUUUAAAAGAAAAAAUGAAAUAAUAAAGAACUCAUUCUUGUUGAA